UUCCAGCUCCACCUAUUAACCUCUUUCUUCACUUAGAAUAUACAUAAACUUUAAGGACUAUUUCUGCAAGGAGAAGAUCAUGGAUGAUUCCGACAAUGAUUUACAAAAGAAACUUGAUGAGGUAAUGCCAUGGAUAGGCUUGUAUAUCGCGGCAGCUUCUGCAAUUUGCACGCUUGCAAUAGUAGCUGACACCCUCAACGGAUUCCGAUCCAGUAAGCUCUGGUUCCCUUGCAAAUACUUUUCUCUUAACGCCACUUACUUAACUUUAUUAGGCGUGGCAAUGAAGCUACCAAUGGAUCUCAACACCCUUUUGUUGUAUGAAUCAGAUGGCCUUGCAAGGUUAAGUAGUUUAUUUUUUAUGUCGACGGCGAUGGCUAAUUUUAUGUCAUCCUUGGGUUCCAUGGAAGAUAAAGAGAUUCUAAUGAAUGUUGUUGCGCUUGGAAUCCUUGUAAUCACAAUCGUGGUUAACGUCUGGAUACAAGUUUUUCAGUUACAGAGCUCUCUGGGUACUAAUUUCUCUAAUAGUGACGUGGUUCCUACAAUUUUCAUGCUUCUUUUGCUUGUUAUAUUAGUUUCUUCAGCAAUCACGCUUCCAACCAGCAAAAGGAGUUUGGAGUCCAAUUACCAAGAGAUGCACAAGGUAGCUAUAGUGGAAGAAGGGAUGACGAAAAGGGGGCAAUGCAUCAAAAUGGACAAACAGAUGAUCGAUGGGCUGAAGAAAUACUGGGUGAUGGCAGUGACUAGCAACCCUCAAUUUGUGAUGGCACGUUCGGUCUUUUGCACUACUUCAAGUGUUAUUUGCUUAUUAUCUGCCCUCUUUUUACUAUAUGAUUUUAUUGUAAUGUUCGUGGAUAUUGGGGAAGUCACGCUCGGAGCAUCCUACUCUGUAUAUGGACAUUAUACGACAUGGAUUCUACUAGUUCAAACAAUUGGGGUGCUGGUGGGCACAAUUGCACCUUUAUGCAGAUGGUUUACCGCUGUCAGAUUCAAGUUGACAUGUCAUAAAAUUUGCAUCAGAGAGGAACUCAAGAUUGAGGUGCACUGGACCCAAAGUCUUGUUAACUGGAGAGACAGCUUCUCAGAUUUAGAAAUUAGAAACAACAAGUUUAGGAAGUAUCUUCAUGAUGCAAAAUGGUUUUCUCUAAACAUUCUCAUUGGAAUUCAGAUUAUGAUGGUUCUAGUUAGCAAGUUACUUGUCCUCAUUCCUGCUUUACUCGUAGCUCAGUUUCUCUUGUGUUUCAAGAAAUUCAAGAUGCAAUGUUUAUCCAAACUUACAACCUCAAAUAUUGAUAUGGAAUCCGAAUCAGGAGGUGACACAGAGCUGAAUCUCAACCAUUUUGCUCUUCUACUUGAUGGAGAAUCAGAGCUACCCAAAAGGACCCUGAAGUACAUCUUCCGCCAGGCGGAUAAGGUUAUUGAAAUGGGUGAAAAGCAGCAACCGCAAUAUCUAAUACAUCUUCUAAAUAUAUUCAGUAACUUUAGAGGGGUAAGAGAUUUUGACAGCUCUCAAGUUCCAAGUCUACAUUCGCAAGAACCUCCAAAUUGCUGGUCUCUACCAUUAGUAACUCUUACAAGCAUUGCAAUUUCACUUCCAAAUGUUGCAAAUAACAAGAAGGCCACACAACUAAUGAGCAGUGUGAGCGAAGGGUUGUCCCUCGUCAAGCUUAUAGAGAAUGCACUCUAUGAAAGUGAUGAACUCGUGAACAUCAGAAAUGCUGCAGACGUUUCUUGGGCUAGAGUCUCACUGUACAUGAAGUGGCAAGGGAUGGAUCUUAGGAAGAUAUCUCUUAAAUGCAAACAGUCCAAGAAUGUAUUACAAGAGCUCUCCAACAAUGCUGAAAAAACGAUUGAGAAGUUCAAGAGAACAACAAAUGAUUUGGAAAAUCCACUCAACUGGUCAGCUAACAUUAUAGCAGCCAAUUCAAUGUAUCGGAUCAGUCAAACUAUUUUGCUAUCUUGCCAAGAGGAAAAUGAGCAAAACGAUGAGGACUUGUUUCAGCGGUUAUCUGUAAUGAUUGCAGAUAUUCUGGCAGCUUGUUUUACAAAUUUAACACGCGUGAUAAUUACCAAGUGUCACCAAAAUGCCAUUGAAAGACGGGAGAAGAGUGUUGGCGAAGCGUUUCUCCUUCUUGGUAAAACAAAGCAAAUUCUUGAACUUCUCCAACAGUAUGAAUGGCCAUCUCUAGAUCUUGACAAUGUUGGAUACAUUGAAAAAUGGCGUGAUUUCUUUAAGGAGAAUAAUCAGACUCCAAUGGCCUCCCCUUCAACUUCACAAAAACAGCUUUGUAAUGUUUUUGAAAUGAAAGAUCUUGGAAAUAUUAAGAAAAUUCUUGGCAUGAACAUCUCUAGAAAUAGAGAAAAAUCUUCUAUUCUUUUAAACCAAAAGUCCUACAUCUCAUCUGUUUUGAAAAAGUUUUCCAUGGAACAUGCAAAACUUGUAUCCAUACCCCUACCUGCACAUUUUCAACUUUCAAAAGACCAAUCUCCCAAAACGAAUUCUGAAAAAGCCAAAAUGGAUAAAGUUCCUUAUUCUAAUGUUAUUGGUUCCAUCAUGUAUCUCAUGGUAUGCACAAGGCCUGAUAUUGCAUAUGCCAUUAGCUGUCUUAGUAGAUACAUGUCAAACCUUGGUACGCCUCAUUGGGAAGCUUUGAAAUAUUUGCUUAAAUAUUUGCGUGGUUCCGUUGACAUUGGUAUCACCUUCUCUAAAAAUUCUAAUUAUACUCAACUUGUUGGAUAUGUGGACUCUAAUUAUGCAAAUGAUCGUGAUAGCCGUAAGUCCACAACUUCUUAUGUGUUUACCUUGUGUGGUGCAUGCAUUAGUUGGAAAUCCCAACUACAACACAUAGUUGCCUUAUCAACUACUGAAGCAGAAUACAUUGCUACAACCGAAGCUUUCAAAGAAGCCAUUUGCUUGAUGGUCUUAUAA